UGUGCCUCCCGGCCGCGGGGCGAGGAGGAGGAAUCAUGUGAGUUCGGAUCGCCGAGGGUCCCGUGGGAAGAUGGGGGAUGCCGCGGACACCAAGGAGAUGAAGAAGACUUUCAUUGUUCCUGCCAUCAAACCCUUCGACCAUUAUGAUUUUUCCCGAGCGAAAAUCGCCUGUAAUCUCGCCUGGCUGGUGGCCAAAGCCUUCGGGACAGAAAAUGUUCCAGAAGAACUGCGAGAGCCAUUUUACACAGACCAGUAUGACCAGGAGCACAUUAAACCACCUGUAGUUAACUUGCUGCUAUCUGCAGAACUCUACUGUCGUGCUGGGAGCCUUAUUCUGAAAAGUGAUGCUGCAAAACCACUUUUAGGUCAUGAUGCUGUUAUACAAGCUCUGGCACAAAAAGGCCUUUAUGUCACUGACCAAGAAAAAUUGGUGACUGAACGAGAUCUUCACAAAAAACCCAUUCAGAUGAGUGCUCAUUUGGCUAUGAUUGAUACUCUUAUGAUGGCUUAUACUGUCGAGAUGGUCAGCGUUGAGAAAGUGAUUGCAUGCACUCAGCAGUAUUCAUCCUUUUUCCAAGCUACAGAUCUACCUUAUGACAUAGAAGAUGCCGUCAUGUUCUGGAUAAAUAAGGUAAAUGAACAUUUGAAAGACAUAAUGGAACAGGAACAAAAACUUAAAGAGCAUCACAGUGCAGAAUCUGCAGGAGGUCAGAAGUCUCCUACCAAAUGGUAUUGGAAACUGGUUCCUGCCCGUUACAGGAAGGAACAAACAUUGCUCAAGCAGCUGCCCUGCAUUCCAUUGGUGGAAAACUUGCUGAAAGAUGGUACAGAUGGUUGUGCUUUAGCAGCCCUGAUCCACUUCUACUGUCCGGAUAUUGUUAAACUUGAGGAUAUUUGUUUGAAAGAGACAAUGUCUUUGGCUGACAGCCUGUAUAACCUACAGCUGAUUCAAGAAUUUUGUCAGGAAUACCUUAACCAGUGUUGCCAUUUCAGUCUUGAAGAUAUGCUCUAUGCAGCUUCUUCAGUAAAGAGCAACUACCUGGUGUUCAUGGCAGAACUGUUCUGGUGGUUUGAAGUGGUGAAGCCAUCGUUUGUACAGCCUCGUGUUGUUGUGCAUCCCCAAGCUGAACCUGUGAAAGAUGCAGCUUCUGCUCACAGUUUGAAUGCUAACAGAAGAAAUUACAUGGAUGGCCCAUGUGGUUCUGACUUUGUAGCCAGAUUGGAAAGUCCAAGUUACACACCAUCUCACCAACUGCAUACACCCCAGCAGCCUUAUUCAUCUGUCCCAGGAGUCAUCAGAAGGUCCUCAUCAAUGUCUUACGUAGAUGGCUAUGUAGGGACAUGGCCAAAAGAAAAAAGGUCAUCAUUACAUGGAGUUUCAUUUGACAUUUCUUUUGACAAAGAAAAAAGCAUUCCAGUAUCUUCUCCAAACAGAGGUAUUACUAGAUCUGUGAGCAAUGAAGGCCUUACAUUAAACAACAACAACCGUGUGCCCAAACAUAUUAGAAAAAAUCUGUCCUUCAGACCAGUAAAUGGAGAAGAAGAAAACCAAGAUAUUGAAGAGGAAAAGGACACAGUAGCUCAUACAGACACAAAGGCCCAUCAUUCCUUUAGCACAAAUCAAAGAAAUGCCAAUGAGAGCAGUCACUGCAGGUUUCCCAACGGGGCUUUGCAAAACAGAGCCAUUCUGGAUGACUUUGGCAAUCAGAUUGAGACACCAACAAUUGAAGAGGCUUUGCAGAUAAUUCACGACACUGAAAAAUCUCCCAGAGUUAUCCAGACAGACCAAAUUACAAAUGGAUUCUUUCUUCACAAUCAGGAAAUGAGCAUCUUGAAUUCAAACAUUAAACCAAAUCAGUCUACCCCUGAUCUGAUCACAGACACUAAAGGUGCUUUAAGUCCUGUGACUGACAAUACAGAAGUUGAUACUGGAAUACACGUUCCUUCGGAAGAUAUUCCAGAGACGAUGGAUGAGGAUUCUUCUUUAAGAGAUUAUACUGUAAGCAUGGAUUCUGACAUGGAAGAAUCAUCUAAAUUUCUUCAGGAUUAUGACCUAAGAGCUAGCAAUCACAGAGAUCAAUUAAGUCCCUGUCCUAGCUCAGUAAGUACUAAAUCACAGGCUGGCAGUAGUGCUUCUUCAAGUUCAGGGGUUAAAAUGACUAGUUUUGCAGAGCAGAAAUUCAGAAAGUUGAAUCAUACAGAUAGUAGAAGCAGUGGCAGCAGUUCUCAGAAAACCACACCAGAAGGUUCUGAGCUGAAUAUUCCUCAUGUGGUUGCUUGGACUCAUAUUCCUGAAGAGGCAUCUGUUCCCCAAGGAAGAGACACUACACAGUUACUGGCUUCAGAACUGGUACAUCUUAGGAUGAAGCUGGAGGAAAAGAGAAGAGCAAUUGAAGCCCAGAAAAAGAAAGUUGAAGCUGCUUUCACUAAGCAGCGGCAGAAAAUGGGAAGAACAGCGUUUCUUAACAUUGUGAAAAAGAAAGGUGAUGGAGUAUCACCUCUCCGAGAAGAGGCAGCAGGAGCUGAAGAUGAGAAGAUAUUCACUGACAGUAACAGACUGAAAGAAAGAGAAACUCAAAAAACAGAUGAACAAACUAAUAAAGCUUCAGAAUCGAUAAAAGAAAAUCCUGAAAAUUCUCACAACAAAUGGUCAAAGUCUCCUGCUACUCCUAUGGAUGCUGAAAAGCAGUGGAAUUUAGUUAGCCCCUCAGAAGAAAAUUUUAGUGAAGGAGAUAUCUUAGAAUACACCAAAUCUAUUGAAAAACUAAAUUCUUCCUUACACUUUCUACAACAAGAAAUGCAACGUCUGUCCCUUCAACAGGAGAUGUUGAUGCAGAUGAGAGAGCAGCAAGCUUGGGUUAUUUCUCCUCCUCAGCCUUCUCCUCAGAAGCAACUUCGGGAGUUUAAGGUUUCAUCAAGGCAAAUGGGAGCUCCAUCUCCCAUUGCACCUUUCUCACAGGAAUCUCCCCGCUCUACACAUCAAUCUCCACAAUCGUCCAACAGGAAGAAUGCAUCUUUUCACAUAAAAAUGCAAAGGACUCCUAGGCCAAAUGAACUGAAAAUAACACCUCUAAAUCGUACCUUGACUGCCCCAAGGUCUGUAGAUAGUCUUCCUCGCUUGAGAAGAUUUUCUCCAAGUCAGGUUCCCAUUCAGACUAGAUCAUUUGUUUGCUUUGGAGAUGAUGGUGAACAUCUGGAUGAACCACAGUUGAAGGGAAGUCUUCUGAAGGAAGUCAAGCCCACAGAAGAGGUAGCAAAAGAAGAAGGACCAAAACUUCUGAACAAGUGCGAACAGAAGUUGGAGGAAAAGGAGAUAAAACCCCUUGAAUCUAGUGUUUCUGAAGUAUUAUCUCAGCCCAUAAUAGAAACUGUCUGCCUCACUCCAAAUGAAGAUCAGCUAAGCCAACCAAUGUUGCCAACAGCAGCUCCCAAAACAGCUAACUUAAUUGAAGUUUCCCUAUCAGAUUUGAAGCCACCAGAAAAAAAGGAAGUAUCUGUUGAGAAAUAUGAAGGUGAGAGCGAUAGAGAACAAUUUGAGGAUGACCAGAAAGUGUGUUGUGGAUUCUUUUUUAAGGAUGAUCAAAAGGCAGAAAAUGAUAUGGCAAUGAAACGAGCAGCAUUACUGGAGAAGCGUUUGAGAAGGGAAAGAGAGACUCAGCUUCGAAAGCAGCAGCUGGAAGCAGAGCUAGAACAUAAGAAAGAAGAGACAAGGCGCAAAACAGAAGAAGAACGUCAGAAGAAGGAAGAUGAACGAGCACGGCGAGAAUUCAUUAAGCAAGAGUACAUGAGAAGGAAACAACUAAAGCUUAUGGAAGAAAUGGAUACUGUUAUAAAACCGCGUUCCUUGUCAAUCAAACAAAAAAAGCCGCGUCCGAAAUCUAUUCAUAGGGAUCACAUUGAGUCACCUAAGACACCAGUCAAAGGUCCACCAGGUUCACAGCUUUAUCGUGUUUUUUCAGUAUCUAGUCUUUCACUGGCAUCACUGAAUACAGGGGACAAUGAGAGUGUGCAGUCAGGCAAGAGAACGCCAAGAUCUGAGUCUGUGGAAGGUUUCUUAUCUCCGAGUCGCUGCGGUAGUCGUAAUGGUGAAAAAGAUUGGGAAAAUGCAUCUACGACUUCUUCAGUUGCCUCCGCUACAGAAUACACAGGACCAAAGCUUUUCAAAGAACCCAGUGCUAAAUCCAAUAAGUAUAUAAUUCAGAAUGCUCUGGCACAUUGCUGCUUGGCUGGAAAAGUGAAUGAAGGUCAAAAGAAAAAGAUACUGGAGGAAAUGGAGAAAUCUGAUGCCAAUAAUUUCUUAAUCUUGUUCCGGGAUUCAGGCUGCCAGUUCAGAUCUCUGUAUACAUACUGCCCUGAUACUGAAGAAAUUAAUAAAUUAACAGGGAUAGGUCCCAAAUCUAUCACAAAGAAAAUGAUCGAGGGACUAUAUAAAUACAACUCUGACAGGAAGCAGUUUAGCCACAUACCUGCUAAAACUUUGUCUGCCAGUGUUGAUGCAAUUACCAUUCACAGCCAUUUGUGGCAAACCAAGAGACCAGUAACUCCGAAGAAACUUUUACCCACCAAGGCAUAGUAGAUGAGAGAAAUUUCGCUUCAGACAAUUAUGAUAAACUUGCACUUCAUCUUUACUGCCUAUAGGAAAUAGAUCUCUAGUUGCCAACAAGACUCUUAGAACUUAAAACUGGACACAAAGUUGUAUUACCAUGUCCAACUGGAAUGUAAACACAGUGUUUAGGAGUGCAGAAGAUUGUCGCUUAAGUGAAUACUCUGAGUGAUUAUGGAAAUGUUUGACUUGUGUGGAGAUCUGUACGUGCUAAUACAAUGUACGGAGUACGCUCUGUAUUUUGUUUGGAUACACUGAAGCACUGAAUGUUCAUCUUUAGUGAUCAAACUACAUUUUUUUUUACAUCCGUUGCCUUAUAUGUUAGUAUUUGUGCUUGUCUUGAAAUUCUGUUUUCUCUCUUUAGAGAGAGAAAUACUUCCUAAUAUCCUCAGUACCAUGGAACUUUGCUUAUUUACUCUUACACUAAAGACUCUACAAUGGUAUAUGUUACAGAAAAACAGCUGAAUGAGUCUGUUCUGCAAAAUCCUUAUUGAGUACUGUAAUAAAAUUAGCUCAUUCUCCUAAGUAAUUGUAAUUCUUUUUUAAUUAAAUAAUACUGAUUUGCUUAUAGACUAAACACUAAAGCAAAAAUCCUUCAAUUGUUUUAAAAUUCCCUUCAAAUAAAUUAUUUAGUAAGUCAGGGUGUAGUCGAAUAAAGGAAUUAUUCCUGUCCUGGGAAGUUACCAUCUGAGAUCUAAUGACUGACUACGUGCGUGUUCAUAAUCCCAUUAAAAUGCAGAGCAAAAAGAUUUGGCAGAACUCUAAACCAGUUUAAGCAAAAGUGCAUUAUUUUGCAUUGUUGCAGAUAAAGAAAGAGCACACAGCUACUAUGUCUCCAUGGCGGGAAUAAAAGCUCAUGAAAAACAAUCAGGACUGGAUGGCUGAUAUUCGCCUGAUAGAACACCAAAAAUAUUCAGAAUCACAGAAUACACUGAGACACAGAUCUUUUGGAAGCACCAUAUCUAAUUCCCACUGAUUGUAAGAUUUAGGCCACUGCUUAUUCUUUCUUUCUGCCUUCAGAUCAGUUUUCCAGGGAACAGGCAAUUGAUUUCAGAAUUUUCAGUGUCUUAGUAAAUUCCUUUCUUGAUGUGUGCUAACAGACGAUGGCUUGUGACACUUAACAAUUAGAAACACAUACGGCAGAAAUGGCCUAAGGGUACAUUUCAAUAAAUUGAUAGUAUAAUCAUUUACAAAGAUAAACUUUAAGCAUAUUUCAGUAUUAUUUACAAAGGGCUGCAUUUUGUUUCAAAACAGUGUUUGAUUAUGUUACAGAUUACUCUUCUGUUUGAUGUUUCUCUUAUAAUUUGCUUUUAGCAUAGCACUGUUCUGAAAAAAAAAAACAAAACAAAAACCAAACUACAAACUUGAAGCCUCCCCUAAAUCUGUGGCUAUUUUGAUAGUGUACAUCAGAGGAUUUGUUGGGGGAAAAAUCUCAUUCUCAGGAAAAGACUUGAAUGAUUUGUGAUUCUGUUCUGUUUCAGUGUUGCGACACCUACAUUAACAUAAGACAGUGUUGUGCUAUAAGUGUGUGCUCCAUUCUCUUUCAUAAGGACACUAAAAUUAAGUUCAUAUUUCUCUCAUUAAAGUGCUUUGAGAGAAACAAUGCCUCACUACUAUGAUGUACUCAUUUACUUAUACAAAGAUGCACCUGAAUGAGAUACCAUUAAACCGUUUAGAACAGUACUUUUUUAAAUUAUUAUGAAGCCUUAGGCAUCAAUGCAUCUGGGUUACAAAUAUUUUCUCAAAAAUGCUGUCAGUUUUACUGUAAUUUAUGUUCUUAUAUUUAUGUAUAUUUGUUAAAUCUGUAAAAAAGAAAAAAAAAAAAGAAAAAACACUUUAAAAUAUGUUUAAUAUGUUUGUGGCUCAAAAUUAUUUGUGGUUAGCAGAUUCCUAUUGCUUGCAUGUAUAUCACCAGGAUAUGUAACUCUUAUAUUUCAAGUGUAUACAUAUUGUGUAUAUAGCUAUAAAUAAUAUUAAAUGGGGCAAGAGGGUUUGCACAUUCUGCCUGUUAGACAGUUCCUGCAAAUACCAUUGUAGGAAUAUGUUGAGUAACAGUGUGAAAUUGUGUAUAAUAUACAGUGAUAGAAGAAACCAGAAGGCUGGAAUCAACUCUUACACGUGUCGAAGGACUUCACAGGAAGUUUAAUAAUGGGAGGAUUUUCAUUUCUAAAACAUGUAUUAUGAUUUAGCUGGUAACUUGCAACACCGUGAAGACACACAUUGAUCUAAUCAAAGUGAGCUUAAGUACAUAACAGAGGAAUUGUCUGAUUCGUUUUAGAUAUAUCUGAAUGUAUUAAAGAAAUCUACACUUGUCAGCAGGUGAAAGAUUUGUGCAAUGUUUAAAAGUAGAAUGUGAAUAAUGCAGCUGAAAAGUUCAUUGCUCGCAGUAUAAAGUUUUACUUAAUACAGGAAAAGUAAAGCUAGAUGUGCUUUUCCUUUUUAAGCCUGCAAAUUUUCUAAUUACAGUGGGUCUGCGGUUGGGAUCAUGUUUAAAAAAAAAAAAAAUUAAAAAAAUUAAAGUAAAUUGAAAACAUGAAAAUAAUAAGGAAGCUUUCCGUGAAGGCCAGUAUUUAUCACUGACCUUUUCAGAACACACUGGUGCUUUCAUCAGGGGUAUUACUGUUGUUGCUAUGACUGAAUUGCCAAACUAUCAUGUUAGGUUUUGGAGCAAAAUUUCGUAUUCUAACAGUCACAACAGCUACUGAUUUUUUUUAUUUUAUUUUAGGAUGACUGUUAGUUUUUAUUAUUUGGCUGUUUAAAGCCAAAUUCAGCUAUUUAAUUGAUUUAAUGGGCAAUGUUGGAAAAUGUACAGUGUAUUGUGUGCUUACUUGUCCACUUCUAUGGAGCAUAGCUUCCAUAUUUUUUCAAAUGCUGUGCUGUAAAAUAUUGUCAUUGCUACUUAUGUGGUACCGUUGUAGUUUUUUCCUUUCAUUUAAAUAAAAGCAUGGCACCAAA